AUGCAAGAUAUAUACAGGUGGACUAUUUUUGCCCAAAGUUUAGGAAAUAAUUCGCAAAUUUUUGAAUCAGAACUUCAAGCCGUAGGAGAAACCAUUCAAGUAUCCUUUAUUCAGUCCCUAGAACACGAAGUUGAGCUUUUAAAAAACAAGGUCUCAGGAUUGGAGAAUAAUACCCUUAUUACUGAUUUGGACAUAGAAGCUCAAAAUUGUCAUCUCCACCUUCUCGCGCAAAUCCUUUAUAGGAAACGAAAGGCAAUUGUGCUUCAUGCGGUUUGCCUGUGUAUAACACAGAUAAAAAGAUUACGAUACGAAGUGGACUUAGGGAAGAUUAAAAACGCAAAAAGACUAUGUAAAGAGAUUUUGGAACAAAUUUUGAUAUUUUAUAUUAAAAUAAUUGCAGUAAAAAUAUUUCAAUAGACUUUUUCUAAUAAAUUUAACGGAAAUGGUAUAGAAUAUGACCUCCCAAAAAGUUUUCAACUUGGGGCCAGUUUUUCGAAAUUAAAAAGAACAAUAGCCAAAACUCUAGGCUUCUUUAAUAAAAGCAGCCCAGCCCAUUUAAGAAGUAAAGUACUAGAAGAAGAGAUUGUUACACAUGCUUGCUCCCCCUCUCAUAAGUAAACAAAAAAUUUAUAUAUAAAUUUUUUUUUAAGUAAUAAUUAUAGAAAUUGCCGAGGAUGGCGCAAAAUAGCGCCAUCCUCGGGCAAUUUCUAUAAUUAAUUUGUAAACUAUGUUUAAAAUUGAACAAAAUUAACUAGAGAUUCAUUAUAAUAAUCACUUAUAUAUAAAAUUUUUUGUUCGCUCACGGAGGGCGGGGCUUUUGGGCAAAAAAUAAGGAUUUUUCCAGUAGUUUUGUUCGCUCAUGGAGGGAGGGUUAG